GUCUUUAUGUCGUUCUGUUGGUGCAAGAGAUGGUAGCAACAACAACCUCGUCUCCAAAGGACGACGACAGGUUCUGCUUUUUUACUAACGGUCCUCCUCCCCUGAUGAUGCCAUCCGUUCCGGGCGUACCGGGCGUUCCUGGAACACACGGGGUACCUGGUGCCCCCGGACCAGCUGGACCUAAAGGAAUGAAAGGUGAUGAUGGGGCGAUGAUUGAGAGGACACAGGGUGACCCCGGAGUCCAAGGAGUCCCUGGACCCACAGGACCCAGAGGAGAGAAAGGUAACGAGGGUCAGGAGGGUCGAGAGGGCCAAGAAGGUCGGAAGGGUGAUAAGGGUGAGACAGGACAGCCCGGUCAGACUGGACCAACAGUGCUAACAGAAAUAAAAGGGAAUGGUCACCCAGGUGUUCCCGGUGAAAAGGGGGACAAAGGUGAGGCUGGAGCUCCUUCGGAUCCGUUGUCGUCCAAAAUGGGUAACUUUUCAGGAAUUCCUCAAAAGGUGGCGUUCACCGCAACGCGAACUUCAAGUUUCAGGGCCAACGCUGGUGACGUCAUUCUAUUCCCACCAAUGGACGUCAUCACUAACGUAGGCGGGACAUUCGAUGGUGACACAGGCAUCUUUACCAGCAAGUUUGAUGGUGUCCAUUUCUUCCUGUUUUCCCUGUAUAGGUUCUCCGCCAUUAAAGACAUUGCAGUAAGUCUUGUCCACGACGGCAGAGUGGUCGUCACUGCGACGAGUGGCGCCCUCAAUGGUGAUACAGAUCAAGUGACAAGUGGGGCCGUGUUGGAGCUGGACGUCGGCGACAAAGUUUGGUUGGAAAUAGUCUACGAUGGGACGACUAUAUCUAGUGACGAUAAACGGUUCACGUCGUUCACUGGAUUUAUGCUUUAA